UAAAUAGGAAAGAGGACAGCAGAAGCAAACAGUUUAAGGCACUGAACUAACUUAUUAUAGCGUGUUUGGUUUAACAAAAACACGAAUUCUAAAGUUCUGUUCCAACACAAAGCUUAUUUCAGUUCAACGAAACUUAAAACAAACACGCCUUUAAAAGCUUCUCUCUUCACCAUCCUCUCUCAGCUCAAAACAUUUCCUCCCAUCACUCAUCUUGUUUGAAUUCAAACUCCAGGAUGGGAGACAAGGAGGAAAAACAAGCCAAAAAGGGUGGAUUCAGGGCUUCCAUGUUUAUCUUUGCGUUAUCAACAUUGGACAACAUGGGUUGUGUGGCAAACAUGGUCAGCUUAGUCCUAUACUUUUACAUGGUCAUGCACUUUGAUCUCGCCAGCUCAGCCGACACCCUCACAAACUUCUUGGGUUCAACUUUCUUGCUCUCCCUCGUUGGUGGCUUCAUUUCGGACACUUACUUGAGCAGACUAACCACAUGCCUGCUUUUCGGAUCACUCGAAAUUUUGGCUUUGGUGAUGCUCACGGUUCAAGCUUCUCUGGACCAUUUGCAACCACAGGCUUGUGGCAAGUCAAGCUGUGUUAAGGGUGGCAUAGCUGUCAUGUUUUACACAUCAUUGUAUUUGUUGGCUUUGGGCAUGGGAGGAGUAAGAGGCUCUAUGGUGCCACUUGGUGCUGACCAAUUUGAUGAAAAGAAUCCAAAAGAAGCAAAGGCUCUUUCUAGCUUCUUCAAUUGGAUUUUGCUCAGUUCAACCACGGGAUCAAUUGUAGGGGUCACUGGGGUUGUGUGGAUCAGCACUCAAAAGGCUUGGCACUGGGGAUUUUUGAUAAUAACCAUAGCUUCCUCCAUUGGCUUUCUGACCCUUGCUCUUGGCAAGCCAUUUUACCGCAUUAAAACCUCUUCUCAAAGCCCCCUUUCCACCAUUGCGCAGGUUAUUGUUGUGGCUAUUAAAAACAGAAAGCUACCACUGCCAGAGUCUCAUGAAGAACUUUAUGAGGUGUGUGACGGUGCAUCAGGGAAGAUUGCACACUCCAACCAAAUGAGGUUUCUAGAUAAAGCAAGCAUUCUUCAGGAAAACAAUGAACCACGUGCAUGGAAGGUGUGCACAGUGACACAAGUUGAAGAAGUGAAGAUCUUAACAAGAAUGCUACCUAUAUUAGCCAGUACUAUUAUAAUGAACACUUGUUUAGCACAGCUCCAAACAUUCUCGGUCCAGCAAGGGAAUGUGAUGAACCUGAAACUAGGUUCUUUUACAGUGCCUGCACCAUCCAUUCCUGUUAUCCCCCUUCUUUUCUUGGCCAUCCUCAUUCCCUUCUAUGAAAUCGUCUUUGUGCCAUUCGCACGAAAGAUCACUCACCACCCUUCUGGCAUUACACAUCUUCAAAGAGUUGGUGUGGGGUUAGUACUUUCUUCCAUUUCAAUGGCAGUAGCUGGGAUAGUAGAAGUGAAAAGAAGGAAUCAAGGAAGGAAGGACCCCUCAAGGCCAAUAAGUCUCUUUUGGUUAUCCUUCCAAUUUGCUAUAUUUGGAAUUGCAGACAUGUUCACUCUUGUAGGACUCCUAGAAUUCUUCUACAGAGAAGCACCUGAAAACAUGAAGUCACUAUCAACUUCUUUCACAUACUUGUCCAUGUCUCUUGGCUACUUCUUGAGCACAAUCUUUGUGGAUGUCAUCAAUGCUGUUACCAAAAGGGUCACUCCAAGCAAAAAAGGGUGGUUGCAUGGUUUGGACUUGAACAAAAAUAAUCUCAACUUGUUCUAUUGGUUCUUAGCAAUCCUAAGCUGUCUUAAUUUCUUUAACUACCUUUACUGGGCCUCUUGGUACAAGUACAAAGCUGAGGACAGCAAUGCAAAGGUGAUUUUGAAGGUUGGUGAGAGAAAAGAUGAUGAGGAAGAAAAGAUAUGAAAGCUAAGGCUAAAGAAAGCAGCCAAACAAGUGAAGCCAACACUGAAAAUUAAGGUCAGGGGAUGAAACAGAUGAUGGGAGGAAAUCUAGGGAAUGGAAGCGCAGAUAAGGUGAGGGGACUCAAGACAUGAUGAUUUGGUAUUAAGGGUAGAUAUGAUAAACAUGUUAUGUGGAAACACUGAAAUAGAUAGUGGUUCUUGCACCAUUUGUGUGUCUGUUGUGUGCAGAGUCAAAGAUUUGUUUUUCUUCUUUUUUGUGUUCUUUUUCAUGAUACAAGUUUAUUCACCUGUAAUUGUCUAUUAAGAGAUGCUGAGUUCAUUGUUGAAUUAUUGAAUAGUUAAAGAAUCUACACUCUCGUCAA